AAGAGUAACAAAUAUUCCAUAUGUGCUGCCAAACAAUCACAGAGUACUAAGAGGCAAAUAAAUAAAGUUAAAGAACUUUAGUUUAUGAAAAGAUGAAUAAUUAAGACUCUCUAACCACAGCUACUUCUUUGGGAUGUGUUUUUUGUUCCAAUUUCGAAGAAACCUCGUGAAGACGAACCAACCCAUUUUGCCUUGUAGGUUGCUUGUUUGGAAGCAAAACUGGCAGUUGGGGAAAUUCCUCUUUUGAGAGAAAAGCAUUCUUCUUUAAGCUCUGUUUCAUGGAUUGACAAUUGCUCAAGGAAUAAUGGAUUACUUGUCUCAAGAGGAAGAUUUGCAGUUUUUUGAUGCCAACGAAGAUAUGAUGGCAUUGAAUCCAAGUGGUUUCGGUUUCGAUGUGUGGAAUGAUUCACCUGGAAGUGUUGUGGAGAGGCGGAGGAAGUUCUUGGAGUGGAUGGGAGUUGAAGAGGAAGAUCGUGUUGAGUCGAAGGAUUCGGUCUCUGUAAGUAGUGUGGAGUCUGGUUUUGAUGGAGCUGAAGAGAUUUCUAUUGAAGCUGAGGAGAGAUCUGGAGGUUUUAGCAGUUCUUCUAGUCAAGUUUCGUUGUCUGGUUCAAGUGUUGAAGUUUCUGAGGAAUUGUCUUUGAGAGUAGACAGAAAUGUGGGUGGGUGUGAUGUAGCGAGAAGACAAAGCUCUUCGAUGGCAUCAUGUUCUGAUUCCAGGUAUUGCCAAGUGAAGGAAACCGAGAAGCAGAGGAAUAUCGCAGGGCUAGUCACGAGAUUUAAGAAGGGAUGGUUAUCGAGGCUUCGGUCUAUGGGCUGUACCGCGGAUACAAAGAUUGAAUCUGGUGGUAGAAUCAGAGCUUCUUCUGGUUAUGGUGAUGUGAUUUCAAGAGUUAAGGUUAAGCAUUGUAAGAAACAGGCAAAGGAGCUUUCAGCUCUAUAUCAGAGUCAAGACAUCAAAGCUCAUGAUGGUGCCAUUUUGGCGAUGAAAUUUAGCGACGAUGGGAAGUUUCUUGCAAGUUCUGGUGAAGAUGGGAUUGUGCGGGUGUGGAAAGUCGUGGAGGAUAAGAGAUCUAGACUACGAAGGGAUUGCCUUAAUGAGAUAGACCCUUCGUGUAUGUACUUUGAGGUAAAUGAUCUUUCUCAGUUGAAACCGGUUUUGGUGAAUGAGGAGAAACCAAAGAAGACUACAGAAAGUUUCAGGAAAACAUCUGAUUCAGCCUGCGUUGUCUUCCCUCCUAAAGUUUUCCGGAUAAUGGAAAAACCAUUAUAUGAAUUCCGCGGGCACACGGGUGAAGUCUUGGACAUCUCAUGGUCAAAAGAUAAUUAUCUUCUUUCGUCAUCAAUGGAUAAAACUGUCCGGCUUUGGAAAGUCGGUAGCAAUGCUUGUCUUGGAGUUUUUGCUCACAAUAGUUAUGUAACCUCUGUUCAGUUCAACCCGGUAAAUGAGAAUUACUUCAUGAGUGGUUCAAUUGAUGGAAAAGUUCGAAUCUGGAACAUUUCUGGUUGCAACGUUGUUGAUUGGGCAGAUCUCAAAGACAUUAUAUCGGCAGUGUGUUAUCGUCCGGAUGGACAAGGAGGAAUUAUCGGUUCUCUGACCGGAAGUUGUAGAUUCUUUAACAUGUCUGGAGAAUAUUUAGAACUGGACUCUCAGAUACAUUUGCAUAACAAAAAGAAGUCUUCAAAUAAAAGGAUUACUGGGUUUCAGUUUUUACCACAAGACCCGAGCAAAGUCCUGGUUGUUUCCGCCGAUUCCAAAGUCAGAAUUAUCCAAGGCAACAAUGUCGUCAGAAAAUACAAAGGCGUUUGCAAGACGAGAAGCCUCACAUCAGCGUCUCUCACAUCUGAUGGAAAACACAUUGUUUCAGCUUGUGAGGACUCCAAUGUAUAUAUAUGGAGCAAUGAUGAGGAAUCAGAAACCAAAAAGAUUCGAUCUUUUGAACGUUUCUCCACCAAUGCAUCAGUUGCAGCAACCUGGUGUGGAUUCUUGGAUCACAACACAACUCUCCCGUUUUCUUCUCCCUCUUGCCUAUCUCUCAACGAAGGUUUUGUCCCCGGAUCAAUAUCCAAAGGAAGCGCGACAUGGCCAGAGGAAAACCUACCCGCAAAUCCUCUGUCUACAUCCGCGAUGAAUGCAUCUCAUUACAAGUUUCUCAAGUCCUCUUACCAGAGAGCAUCUAGCUCUCUAUCUUGGGGUAUGGUCAUAGUCACAGGUGGUUGGGAUGGACGAAUCAGAACAUUUCAGAACUACGGCUUGCCUGUGACUACUUGAAAAAAAACGGUUUCGUUUUCCUAACAUUGGAAAACAAAUCAGAUGCCAUUGU